GCCCGCGCCGCCCCCGCCCCCGCCAGACCGCCGCCCACAGCACCAGCCAAGGAGAACAGGCCACCGGCGCCUCGUCCGCCGCCGACGGAUCCCAACAUGGCCCAGUGCCCGAUCUGCCAGCGCCAGUUCAACAAGGACCGGCUCGAGAAACACCAGACCAUCUGCGAAAAGUCCUCCAAGAAGAAGCGCAAGGUGUUCGACCCGGUCAAGAUGCGCGUCAAGGGCACAGAGUCAGAGAGCUACCUGCGCAAGAUCAAGAGCAAGAAACCUGAGAAGGAGGCUCCGAAGCCGGCCAAGAAGGACUGGCGCAAGCAGCACGAGGAGUUCAUCCGCAACAUCCGCGCGGCCAAGAAGGCGCAGCAGCACCUGGCCAACGGCGGCAAGCUGGAGGACCUGCCGCCCCCGCCGCCGAUGGACACCUCCGACUACGUGCAGUGUCCGCACUGCGAGCGGCGCUUCAACGAGGCGGCCGCCGACCGGCACAUCCCCAAGUGCGCCUCCAUCUCCAGCAACAAGAGCAAGCCGGGCACCGGCCGCGCCUCCGCCGCCGCCAAGAAGCCGGCGGGCCGCGUCACGGCCGCGCCCAGGCUGCGCCGCUAGAGCGUCCUGGGUCGUCGACGGUGGCGCCCCCGGUAGGGGUGCCAAUGACUGGCUCAGCCACACACCGAGGAGCUGACUUUCAAAUAGGACGCUAGCGGGGCGAAAAUGAUACCCGACUUGUGACCCAAGAGCAGUGAUGGUGGGACUCGGUCUUUCGCCACAAAAGCCUGACAGGUCCGCUUCAUCCCCUGAAGAGGGUAAGGAUGGUCGUUUUAGAGACCGACAGCGCGGUUGGGAUCACGGCGUCCUGCAUUAUGGUGUAGCAGACAGCUUAGCCACCCUUCCCUUCCCCGUAUACUUCACCGGCCUGAGCCUGUCGGCGGCUUCUCGCGUUGUGCUUGAAAGCAGCACAUCAUUUUAUGGUCUUCCACGCACUAUACCCGACCUCCAUAGAAAGUCAUUCAGUUUUAGCUGCUUCUAAGCACCAGCUGUAUUUGUGAUAAGUUUCCUACGCAUCUCCUCCGCGAUGCUUAGUUCUCCAACUUUAUUUGGUUACGUUCGACCGUUUGAAUCACGUUUACGUAGCUAUCUAAGUAAGACUUCCUGAACCUUCAAUGAAAAGCAAGAAGCGGGUCUCAUCAGAGGAAUGCAUCUGUUCAUUGGUCAUCGUAAUAUGAUCCCCAAGAACAAGGUAAUACAACGAGGUCAAUCAUCAGGCCAACAUCACUGAACUCAUCGUUCAACAGUGAUGCAAGAACAAACUUAGCGACUCCAAGGCUGGUCGUUUUCUCUUUGGUUUCAGCAACCGUGAUGCGUUGGUAAAUGUGGAGCCCGCAGUCGUAAAAAACUACUGUCAUUAUGUACAUAUAUGACUGUUGAAUCGAACGCGACCAAAGUAGGUAGGAGGACAGAGCGAAUAUAUACAUUUGAAUGCGUCAUCCGAAGUUAUUUAUGACGUCCAUAACCGUUGACUGAAUGCUGUCUCGAAUUUCUGAGCGAUGGAGUCUGGUCGCUUGAAUGAGUGCUGACAUUGUAAGAUGCUGUGCUGCGUAGUAGAUGCGGUGAAAGCAUCCGAUGCAUGCUUGCUAUAUAGUAUUACGGAUGGAUGUUCGGGAGCAACGAAGCCUACUUGAGCAGAAACGUCCAUUUCUGUGAUACGUUGGUAACUGUGGCGCGCGCGCCCUUAGACUAUGCGAGAGCGAUGUGGCAUGAUGAUGAUGCAGCAGGUGGAACUAUGGUGGAUGUAAACGCGGAAGUGUUCCUUCUGGGCGUAAGCGCUGUUUCGAAGUCUAGAGCGAUCGCGUAAUAUCCAUCCUCAUUAUCUAAUAGCACUUCACGAAACCGCAUCACUGACCAGAGACUGGUGAGAACAGUGAAGGGAUUUCAAUUAAUGACCGCAUUUCACUGGUCUGUAACAAGUCAGCUUCAGUAGUACCGUGGUAGCCUUCAUCGGAAGGAGAGACGUGACUUGCGAGACGCAAUGUCAGGAGCGCUGUGGUAUGUGGAACUGUGGAUGCUUGUCGUCUUGACGGGGCCUGUCUGGACGCAGGUUUCGCAUUUGAGCGGAAGCUUAACUCCUCGUACGCGUCGAUAAUUUGUAUAAAAUAAACGGUGAAAACCCCUCCA